AUGCGAGCAGCGACCAGCUACCAGGAGUGGCGCGAGCUGGCGGAGCAGCUCGACCAGGUGGAUGCCAACCGCCUGGGCGGCCGCUGCGGCAUCGAGGAGGGGCGCCUCUACGACAGGAAGCUGCUGCUGCAGAAGCUGCAGCACCUGCAGCAGGUGCGCGAGGGCGGCAACAUACGGGAGAUGAUGUUCAACCUGCGCAGCGACCUCAUCAGGAACGUUGCCAACGUCGCCAAGAGCCAGCUGCACGAGCACUCCCACUCGGUGCCCUCCACGAUCCGCAGCUACAUCACGGAGGUCCAGACGCAGGUGAACAGGGCGGCCCCGCAGGCCCACUCGUGUGCCCUGCAGUGGCGGGGCCCUGCUAGCGAACCAUCGCCAUGGUCCCAUGGCGGUGGCGGCGGCGGCAGCCGGGGGUCGCGCCCCUGGUGA